GCAGCCGGACCAUCAUGAUGUGCACGGACAUGUCGUCAAACAGGGCGAGGUAUAACUACACGUGGAUGGCGCAUCUGCGCAGCCUGAACCUGACGCAGGAAGAUCUGCAGUACCUGCUCAACAUCACGUCGUUCGAUCCGGUUGACGACGGCGGUGAUGUCCCGUCAACCCAUCACCACCCGUAUGACACCGGUUGCUACAACUGUGGCGGCGCCGUGAAGAGCUACUCGCUGCUGUUCCGGGCGGCGCACGGCUACGUCAGCCUGUUCCUGUGCGUGUUCGGCGCGCUAGCCAACGCGCUCAACAUCGCGGUGUUGACGCGCAAGGACCUGGCCGGUUCGCCGAUCAACCGGAUACUGUGCGGCCUGGCCCUGGCCGACCUGGCCCUGAUGGUCGAGUACACGCCGUUCGCGUGCUACAUGUACCUGACCACGGCCAAGAAGGAGGAGUUCUCGCACUUUGGCGCCGUGUACGUCCUGCUGCACACGUACGUGUCGCAAGUCCUGCACACCACGUCCAUUGCGCUCACGCUCGUCCUGGCCAUGUGGAGAUACGUCGUCGUCAAGUGA